GACGACAGGCAAAACUUGACGACGGCAACGCAGAGGCAAAGGAAGGACCAAGCUGCUGUGGUGAUGUUAGUUGUUAGAGAAGAUCAAGAAAAUUAAAAAUAGACAAAAAUGUAUAAGCUCGACCUACCCGUAGACUACAAGGAGGCGGCGGCUAUCGAACGUCGUCGCCAGAUGGAAGAGGAGAGGAAAAGUAGGAUAUUUAACGCCAAAACAAGGAUUAUUGGGGUCGACAGACAGGCAAUAGACCAGCAGAUGUUUGACAAAAAGCAGCAAGAGGAGUUUGAGCAAAAACGCCAUGAAGCUUUUGCUGCCGACGCUGUCCGCAAUGACCUCAUCGCACAGAUGCUGGAGCGGCGCCAGGCGGAGGACAUCCGGGCCUUGAACCGUGCUGAGAACGAGUUCCGCGCCCUCCACCAGCAGCCGUCCUGUCGGCGGGAGUGGGACUUGUAUGACCCGGAUGCGCUGAAGAAGGACAAACCAGCGCGAGUGCAUGACGAUGACCCUCGGUGUGGUACUUCCUCUCUGCAGAAGUUCGACGGCGAAGAUCUCAACAACAAGGCCCGUACGAAGUACCAGCAGGAGCAGGCGCGACAGUGGCUGAUGGAGCAGAUGAUCGAGAAGGAGCAGGCAAAGCAGAACCAGAACAAGGCCAACCGCCUGUACGAGCUCAAGAUGCGCGAGCUGGAUGAGCGAGCAUGUCAGCUGGCUAAGGCCGAGGAGGAGUGUCGCCGCGCCAUCGAGGCAGCCCGCAAGGAUUUCAACGCAGCGCAGGACCGAGAGCGGAAGGAGAAAGAGCGGUUAAAGAAGCAGCAGGAGCUGGACGACAACAUGACAGAAAUCGCCAACCACAUCUACGGCGACAUCCUGACGGAGAACCCAUCGGUGGCCCACAGCGCGUGGGGACCCCAUCGCGUCAUCCCCGACCGGUGGAAGGGCAUGACCCCAAGUCAGCUGGAGGACAUCCGCAAAGCACAGGAGCGCCAGCGCCUUGAAAACGAGCGCCUUCGCCAGGAGGAGGAUCUCCGCAACAAGGAGUGGGACCGUCAGAGGGUGGCCAACGCCCGGGCAGCGCUGCUGCUGGAACGAGCGACAGAACGCAAACGACGGGAACUGGAGAAGCAGCAAGCAGACGAGAACCGCCGCCUGUCGCACGAGCAGCACGCGCACCAGGAAUUCUUGGAUAAAGAGGUGUACACCAACCCUCCCACCGCUGCCUACUUCAUGCAGUUCAACACCACCACGCGAUAAGGAGCGUCGUCCGCACGAGGCUGUCACUUGCUUAGACGCGAGAGUUCUUUCCACAACGCGCCACCUCCCAUUAAUGAAUUUUUAUUUAUUUAUUUUUAAUCCUUUCCAUUCGUCCAAGCAGAGAAGAAAAAAAUAGUCUUGAUGAUUCUGUCGCAGAAGCAGGAAGGAAGAUCCGGUUUUUUUUUAAGGCGAUGAGACAGAAGGUCGACGAAAAUUUUUGUGUCAUCAAACUUUGAUCAUCUUGUGAUGAGCCCUGGCGCUCUUUUUGCGACCAAUCUGGGGAACAAUACAGAACAGCUAUAACCAAUGUUAGGGGAAAAAAACAACAUUUUUGAGCGUUUGACGUGACGUGAAUAAGCGUUUCUUUCUUAGGAUGCUGUUGAUGUCAGGUGACACAGCACAAUGGGUUGCUAAGACCGACGACACGCGAAGCCCGGAGUAUUAACGCCCUUUCUUGUCUUGUAUGAGCGCCAGCAGUCGUCGUAAUGUGGAACUUCUCACCGCCUUGUCUGGUGAAGAACUGCCUUCAGAACAACGCCCCACCCAAGUUCAUUAGCCUACCUGCAGCGAAUACGCGAGAGCUCCCUUUGCCGCAACAGACUACUGUAUAAAAUUUUAUAAUUGUAACCCACCCAAAUGCCGUAUUAAUUAUAUAAAGCAGGAAUUAAAGGAUAAAAGAGCGAUAUUAUGAAAUACGAAAAAAAAAAUAUUAUUUACAACUGCGUGUUAUUUUUUCUGAAAUGGCGUCUUCAUCAUUUAUUCUUUCCUUUAGGCUCGGUAAAGACCGAUUCAUUGAAAAACCAACUCAAAUCCUUUUAGUGUAAGAGUUUUAAAGAAUGAAGGAUAAUGAAACUGAUGUGAAGAAAAUGGGGGAGGCACUUUUUACAACUGGGGGAAAAAAAUCGUGAAUAUUCGUUACUUGUACUUUCUGAGACUGCAAUAAAAAAAAAUUUCUUUUUCAAACGUACUGUGGUUACUGUAUAUUUUUACUCCCAAGCGUUUUCCUUAUUCUGACACUUUUCAGGUGUCGAAUGUGAAAGGUAUGCGAACAAACUCACAUUAAAUCUCUAAGUGAGGAAAUGUUGAUAAGGAGAGAAAUAUAUACAUAAUACAUGUUUAGUCUUGCUAAUUGUAUAUUAAUCAAUAAAUAUUGAUUUUAUGCAA